AUGGAAGGGAAAGCAAAACUUGGCCUUCUCUUCUUUUCCCUCACCGCCAUUUUCCUCUCUCUCUCCACCGCCCUCGAGCACCAGACCCUCGUCCUCAACCCCCUACCCAACCCACCCACCCUCUCAUGGCCCGAAUCCGUCUCCGAGACCGUACAACCCGACCCGACAACCAGCACGGACCCAAACACUCUGUCCGUACAGUUGCAUCACUUGGACGCCUUGUCCUUCAACAAGACCCCCUCCCAACUCUUCAACCUCCGCCUUCAGCGCGACGCCGUCCGCGUCAAAACCCUAAGCUCCAUCUCCGCAGCCGCCGCGUCGCCGAAUAGAACAGCCAGAGGCGGUCGCUUACCCGUCAGAGGUUUCAGCAGCUCCGUCAUCUCGGGACUCGCGCAGGGCAGCGGCGAGUACUUCACGCGCCUCGGCGUCGGCACGCCUCCCAAAUACGUCUACAUGGUGCUCGACACCGGAAGCGACGUCGUUUGGCUCCAAUGCGCUCCCUGCAAGCGCUGCUAUUCCCAGACCGACCCGGUCUUCGACCCGAGGAAAUCCGGAACCUUCUCCACCAUCCCCUGUGGGUCCCCUCUCUGCCGGAAGCUCGACUCCCCGGGCUGCAAAGCCAGGAAGACCUGCCUCUACCAAGUCUCCUACGGCGACGGUUCGUUCACUGUCGGCGACUUCUCCACCGAAACGCUGACAUUUCGAGGCACCAAAGUGGGACGCGUGGCGCUCGGAUGUGGUCACGACAACGAGGGCUUGUUCGUCGGUGCGGCGGGGCUUUUAGGGCUCGGCCGGGGGAAGUUAUCAUUUCCCACCCAGACCGGGGUCCGGUUCAACAAGAAAUUCUCCUACUGUCUAGUGGACCGGUCCGCUUCGUCCAAACCGUCCUCCGUCGUCUUCGGUGACUCGGCCGUUUCUCGGACCGCCCGGUUCACUCCACUCCUCGCGAACCCGAAACUGGACACGUUUUACUACGUCGAGCUCAUCGGUAUCAGUGUCGGCGGGGCACGUGUCCGGGGAAUCACGGCGUCGCUUUUCAAGCUCGACCCGGCUGGAAACGGAGGUGUCAUUCUCGAUUCGGGGACGUCCGUGACCCGCCUGACCCGAGUCGCUUACAAUUCUCUCCGUGACGCUUUCCGGGCCGGGACAUCGGGUCUGAAGCGGGCGCCCGAGUUCUCUCUGUUCGACACGUGUUUCGACUUGUCGGGUAAAAGCGAGGUGAAAGUCCCGACCGUGGUGCUGCAUUUCCGAAACGCUGACGUUUCGCUGCCGGCCACCAACUACUUGAUCCCCGUGGACAGUAGCGGGAGCUUCUGCUUUGCGUUCGCGGGUACGAUGGGCGGGUUGUCCAUAAUCGGUAACAUCCAGCAGCAGGGGUUCCGGGUGGUGUAUGACCUGGCAAGCUCUCGGGUCGGGUUUGCCCCACGUGGCUGCGCUUGA